AUGAAAAUUAUGCUUUUCAAAAUUGUCGUAUUUCUACUCACAAUCAGUUCGGUUCAAGUUUCUGGUAAUACACUCAAAAGUCUUUUCUCAGGUUUCGGCAAUUUAAACGGAUUUAGUUUCUUUCGAUUAGGAUCUGAUUGUGAUAUUUCAAAGUGCGAUCCAAUACCAAAACAUUAUGAAGAGCUCGGUUGUGAGCCGAUAAAGAAGAAAGACGAAUGUUGUAACGUAAGCUUUAAUUGCAAACAUCUUGAAGAUCGCAACACUAAGAAAUGCUACUUUAAAAAUAAGACAUUUGAUAAUGGCGACAACAUUGACGAUGCAUUAUUAAAUGGAUCAUGUGAAGGAAAUUGUCGUUGUGUUGAUAACAAAAUCAUUUGUGAUCAUAUUAAUUGUCCCGAGCAGUUUGGUCCGCGCCCAGAACUUGGAUGUGUAAGAAAAUAUUCGCUCGACAAAUGUUGCUCGAUUGGAACUGUUUGUGCCGAAGAAGCAAAAUCUUUAAAGACUUGCGAGUUUGAGGGGAAAACCUAUAAGGAAGGUGAACGCAUGCAGCCUGAAAACUUCAAGUGUCACAAAUGUAUUUGUUCGAGCACAUUCGAGAACAAACCAGUUGAAGAUAACAAAGAUUGUAUCAAAAUCGGAUGCAACAUCGAGUUAUUUGAAGCUGAAAAUAUCAAAGAUGGUUGUAUUCCGAUUUAUCAUAAAGACAGUUGUUGUCCAUAUGACUGGAGAUGUCCAUCGGUCAAUGAUGCGAUUAUUCCAGGGGACCAACAAUUAAAGUACAACAUAACUAGUCCAAAGUGCCAGUUUGGAAAACUUACUUUAGAAAUCGGUGACUCAUUGUCAGCUGGCGAGAGCGGCUGUUCAAAAUGUACAUGCAAAAAUCCACCAUUCGCUGAUUGCGUCUUUACAGGCUAAACCGAAAGUCUCAACAUGAAAUUCUUUAUUCUAACUGUUUGCGUAAUUCUUGGAGUUGCCAGCGCUCAAAGAUACACCACAAAAUAUGAUGGUGUCAAUUUAGAUGAGAUCUUGAAAUCCGAUCGUUUGUUGAACAAUUACUUCAAGUGUUUAAUGGACCAAGGAAAGUGCACACCUGAUGGAAAUGAAUUGAAACGUACCUUACCCGAUGCACUCAAAACUGAAUGCUCAAAAUGCAGCGAAAAACAAAAGCAAGGAACUGAAAGAGUCGUCCGUUAUUUGAUCAAAAACAAACGCUCACAAUGGGAUCAAUUGCAAAGAAAAUACGACCCAGAGAAUCUUUAUUACCAACGUUUCGAAAAGGAAGCUCAGGCUCAUGAAAGUAGAUUUGGUAGAAAAAGAAAAGUCUACGAGCGAUUUAGUUUGCUUCAAGUCGCGCUAUCAACGAGUCGUCUCAAAAUGAUCAGUAAAAUAUGCAUAAUGUUGAUGCUUAUGCAAUUCGCCAUCGGUGCAUUGGUGGCAAGAAAUUGCAAAAAUCUCGACUGCCCCACGUUACCAAAGCAUUACGAAGAGUUGGGAUGUAAACCAAUUAUAAAUGAAGGUGAAUGUUGUGCUAGCAGUUACAAAUGUCCGGAUUUAACAGCAGGCGAUUAUGAUAAAUGUUACUACAAAGAAAAUGUAUUAAAUGUCACACAAUAUCUGAAGAGUUCAUCACUUGGUGGGAUGUGCAGUGCCGCUUGUUAUUGUGCAAAAGGUUACAAUGGAAAGCCAGCAGAGUUUCAAUGCGCCCACGUUACUUGUCCAGAACAUUUUAACAGACGAAAGCCCAAAUCUAUAGGCAAGACUUGUAUUCAUCAAUAUAUUCGAACUCAUUGUUGUGCGAUUAAGACAAUGUGCGACGAUGAUGUUGAUAAACUGGCAAAAUGUGACUUUGAAGGCAAAUCGUAUCGUGAAGGUCAGAAGAUGUAUCCAAGUAAGCAAUGCUACGAAUGUUUCUGCUCGAAAGAUUUCGAUAAUAGAAUUGCAGUUGAGGAGAAUAAAAACUGUAAUAAAAUUGAUUGUGGUAUAUCAUUACGUAACACUGGACGGAUAAUUGAAGGUUGUAUUCCGGUUUACUAUAAGACGGCUGACUGCUGUCCUAUCGGUUGGCGAUGUCCCGGUGACAAGCACAUGAUUGAGAAUGACACAGCACGAAGCAUAAACGACAAAAAACCGCGUUGCAAAUUCGGAAAAAUGGAAUUUAAAGUUGGCGAAUCGCUUGAUCUUGACAACGAUAAAUGUCAAAAGUGCACUUGCACAACUCCACCGAUGCUUCAUUGUAUUGAAACAUAAAAGUUUUUAUUGAUUAGAAUGGCAGGAAAAAUGUCUUCACCGCCUCAAACUUAUUCAAGAACAAUUUUCCGUCCUUGGGAUAAUAAAAGUGGAAAAAAUGGAAAUGACAACGUUUCAACAAGUGCUAAUAAUGAUAACAAAGUUGAAGUGCCAUUAAUGAUAAAAGAAGAAUCGCUUGGUAUGCAGUCAAUGAUGAUGUCGAAUCCAUGUUUAAUGAACGGAUCUUUGACGAUGAUUCCUGACUACAUGUACAUGCCACCACCCCCGCCAGGAGAUUUUCUUCCGCUUGGACCCUUCGAUGCAUACUCAAUGAGUAUGAUGGAACAAGAAUACGCGAGAGUGAUUGCUGAAGAAGCUCGAGCUAAAAUGUUAAGUGCUAAGAAACAACGACCUAAGAAAUUCAAAUGUCCACAUUGUGAUGUCGCUAAAUUCUCUAACAACGGCCAAUUAAAAUCACAUAUCAGAACGCAUACUGGAGAACGUCCUUUCAAAUGUGAAACUUGUAAUAAAACUUUCACAAGAAACGAAGAGUUGACACGUCAUAAAAGAAUUCACACGGGCAUUCGACCAUAUUCAUGUUCAACAUGUGGGAAGAAGUUUGGAAGACGAGAUCAUCUUAAAAAGCAUGCAAAGACUCAUUUAACUCAAGAUCGAUACAAUGUUUCUCAAUUUGCCAGUGAUGAAAGUUAUGAAACUUCCCUUUGUCGAUUUCAGUUCUUCUCCAGAUUUAGACAGAAUAAGACUAUGAACGGGAUGAGCUUGAAAAAUUGCGUCUUAUUAUUUUGUACUCUUAUUUGUUGUGUUGCGAGUAAGUCGUGUGACAAAAGUGAGUGCCCAACAAUUCCGAAACAUUACGAAGAACUUGGUUGCAAGCCCGUGAAACAAUCUGGAGAUUGCUGUGUGAGAAGUUUCGAAUGUCCAGAUCACAACAAUCGAAACAGCUCAAAAUGUUACUACCAAAAUAAAGUUUUGAAUCCUGGUGAUACUUUGGAAAACUUUCAACAGACGGACACUUGCGAAGGAAAAUGUUAUUGCAAUCUUAACAGGGGCGGUGGACAAUCAGAAAUUAUUUGUUCACGAUUGAAAUGCGUUGAAAAUUCGCCGGUUGAUCAACAAGUUCAAAAUUGUAUCAAGCAAUACAACGAGAAAAAUUGUUGUCCUAUUAAAACAGUUUGCGGUGAUGACAUAAACAAGCUGAAUACGUGCGAGUUUGAGGGACGAUAUUAUUUGGAAGGGGAUAAAAUGUAUCCCAAAAACAUUUGUAACAAAUGUUUUUGCACUAAAAACUUUAACAACAAAACGGCGGUGACAGCGAAUCCAAAUUGUCACAAAAUUGACUGUGGAAUUGCUUUGACGAAGACGAUGAGACUCUCUGAAGGCUGCAUUCCUGUUUAUAUCAAGACCGAUGACUGUUGUCCAAUUGGAUGGCGAUGCCCUGGCGAAAAGCAUAUGAAAGUCGGCACGCCGAAAGGAAAUGAACUUAAAGACAAAUGUAGGUUCGGCAACAUGAUGUUGAAAGUUGGGGAGUCGUUGGAUUUGGGUGGCGAUGAAAAUUGUCAGAAUUGUACGUGUACAAUGCCACCAAUGUUGCAUUGUAUUCAAACAUGUUGAGCUUCUAAGUUUUGAAUAACAAUAAAUCAUGAGAUUUGAAAGCAUUAAAAGGAAUCUAACUGGAAGAUGAA